AUGGGCUCUUCUAGCCAUGGCCGCUUCGGAGGAUUCUGUUCUUCUCUUUCUUUUUCACGAGUUGAUGUCUUCGCCGCGGCUGAAGUGCAACCCGCAGCAAUCGAUCCACCGGUGAUCAUAUGUAUUACUCUGGCCUCUCUUCGGGCAGUUGUCUCUGUGGCUGCUCGUUCUGAAGGUGACCCAGCUGGAGUACGGCGAUCAGUUGGUGAGAUUAUGCAAGAAUUUGAUGAAAACUUUGUCUGUAAACCUGUAAACCUGGGACUGGGGGAGGAAAAUCUUCAGAAUGCAUUUGGAAAAGAGGACAUCGGUGCGUGCAUGAGGGUGAAUUACUAUCCCAAGUGUCCACAGCCUGAUCUCACAAUCGAUCUUUCCCCCCACUCCGACCCAGGAGGUCUGACUCUUCUGCUUGCCGACGACCGUGUCCCCGGCCUCCAAGUCCUUAGAGGCGGUAAUUGGGUUACCGUAAAACCCUUCCCCAAUGCCUUCAUCGUCAACAUCGACUAUCAAAUUCAGGUCUCUUUCUCUUUCUAUUCUAUAUAUGUCAUUGGGCACAUGUAUGUAACGAUCCAUGCAUCAGUUCUGGAUGGUUGCUAA